GUACUUCACUUGUCUUGAGAGUCUUUUCUGUGUCUAAUUAAGCAAGAAGAAAGGUUGGCUGCUAGUGGAAUUCUUCAACUUGGCCAAAUGAAAUCAAACCCAAAACCACCUUCCUUCUUUAAAGUUAUGUUCAAUGGUUUCACUGAGACCAUGAGAAUUCCACCGGCAUUUAUGGAGAAUUUUGAAGGGGGCGUGCCCCUCAUCUUCAAACUGAUAUGUGCUGAUUCUAGGAAGUCAUGGUUUGUAGCAACGGAAGGGAAGGAAGAAGGCUGCUUUUUUGGCUCCGGAUGGUCCAAAUUUGCUGUAGAGCAAAACUUGGAAUUGAAGGAUUUUCUAGUUUUUAAGUUAGUGGGUACCUCCACUUUUGAAGUGGAGAUAUAUGGCCGAACCGCCUGUAAAAAGAACACUACUCUUGCUGCUAAGAGGCAUGAUGAUGGAGUCCAUUCUCCGGCAGAGAGAGCAAGAGAAGUGAAACCCAUAAAACAACACACUGCAAAACGCAAGAAACCAAAAGGUGCUGGUAGAAUGGCUUGUGCUGCUGUUAAAAGGGCAAGAAUACUUCCCAAGAAGGUGGAGAUGGAUGCAGGACCUAAGGAAUCUUCAUUUCAGUUAGUAUUGAAGCACUACCACAAAUCCUACAUUACUGUUCCAAAGAAAAUUGCUCGAGAAACAGGGCUGAGGUACAAGGCAAAGACAGUGAUUAAGAACUCGGAGGGGAUAACCUGGGGUGUUGACAUUAGUGUUUGGAAAUCAGGACAGAUUUGUUUGAGUACAGGAUGGUCUGAUUUUUGGGCAGCCAAUGGACUGGAUGUUGGCACUACUAUUUUGCUGCUAUUCAGUGGGGGUUCAGGUAAUGAAAUUGACGUUCAGAUCCUCAACAGAAGAGAUGGGAAUAAUAGUGGAUCAGCUGGAGAAAUCAUCUCAACAUCAAUUGAAAGGGCAAGAAAAUUUCCCAAGAAAAUGCAGAUGGAUGAAGAACCUGGGGACUCCUCUUCAGUUCAAUUCGUUUUGAAGGACUACCAGAGAUACAAUAUUUUUCUCCCGAGGAGAUUUGCUCAAAACACGGGGUUGCGAUGGAGGACAAUGGCAGUGAUUAAGGAUCCGAAAGGGAAGGCCUGGGACAAGCGGGCACUACUAUUUUGCUGCAAUUCAGUGGUGGCUCAGGCAACGAAAUUGACGUGCAGAUUCUCAACAGAGGAGAUGGGAAGAGCUGAGUUAGAGAAAGCAUCUCAACACCAAUUAAACCGGAAUUCUAAUCUUUCUGUUUCUGCCUGAGUUGGAUUCUUCAAACUUUUGCAAAUGAAUCCAAAACCAAAAUCAUUUGGUAUGGUUCUGGUCGGUGAUUUCCCCGAGUCUCUGAGACUACCGGCGGAAUUUAUGAAGGAUUUUGAAGUAAGUCUUCCACACAUUUUCUACCUGAUGUCUGAUUUAGGCGAGUCUCAACUAGUGAUCAUGCAAGAGAAGGAUAGAGGCUGCUUCUUCACCUUGGGAUGGUCGGACUUCGUUAAAGAUCAAAACUUGCAGUUCGGUGAUUUGUUAAUUUUCUAUUUUGUUGGUAACUCUACAUUUGAAGUUGCAAUAUACGAUCGAACUACCUGCUGCAAAAAGAAAACAAGUCUUGAAGCCAAGAGGCAUGGAGAUACUGGAGAUGGAGAUCAGCUUGCAGCCAAAGCGAACCCCAAAGAAGAACCCAGCAAAAAACAUAGAGUUUCUAAGAGAACGAUUCGUGGUGAGGUUAAGAGGGCAAGAAAUGGUCAGAAAUGUUCAGCUCAAAUUCUUCUGAAGAAAUAUCAUUCAUCUUCUAUUGUUCUUCCUGCAGAAUUUGCUAAAGAGGCAGGGUUGAGAAAGAAGAAAGGUACGGCGCUUAGGGAUUCGGCAGGAAAGGAGUGGCCAGUUUCCAUAUCCUUUAACAAGGGAGCAGGGCAAGGGCAGACCCGAUUUACCACUGGAUGGAAAGAUUUUUGGGCAGCGAACAGACUAGUUGCUGGUACUACCAUUUCGUUGCAGUACAGUGGCGGCGCUGGUGAUGCAAUCGACGUUCAAAUCCUAGGGCCUAGAGGAGGAGAUUUGAGUGGCGGGACUGGACAAGGUCUCCAAAGACUAGUUAAACAGGAACUCUAAUCCAUCUACUUCCGCCCUCUGUUCUUGAACACCUUUUUGUGGGUCUACUAAGUAUUGACUCUGUAAAAAUUUAAGUUUUUUCGGGUAGGUUACUGCGAAGACUAAAAUGUUUAAUGUAAUUUAUGGAGUCCUAUUUGUCUAUCCUCUGUUUUUUUGUAAGGUUAAAGUGCAAUUUCCAGAUGUUAUGGUAACCUGGUUAAUUAGUUGUUAUUAUAUGAAAUUAUGAAUAUUCAAAUAACUUUAAUAUUUUUUU